CAAAGGAUGUAAAGAAUGGAGACCCUCCGACGGAUUGAAAACCUAAACAAUUACAAGAUGUUUCUGAACUUCGCAACAACUAGCUUCAUCGCGACCCUUCUUUCCUUCGCCGCCUCUGUCACGGCCCAUCCCACUGCCAAUCUCAUCCGAGAGCUAAGGGACACCCCUGGAUUGACCUAUUAUGGUCUUGUUACCUCGAGCUUUGUCAUUCCGGAAUUUGGCCCGACCAAUUUGACCGCGGAUAGCGUCCAGUACUUGAAUGCAGUAGUUCGCCUUCAGUGCGGUGUUCAUGUUCGUAUCUCCGCAUUUGUCGGUUUCUCAAUUAGUCCCAAUGGGACUGAAGUCUUUGCACUGGGACCCAUUCCCCCGGCAGUAUCCUUCAUUGCCGGGGAUAUGGCUAGGAUAACUGUAGAAUUGUUGCAGAUCGGAUACAACGCAACUGUUGAGAAUUUAACCAGUGGCCGCGCGACGAGCGGAUACAUCCCCCCAGUUAACAAUCUCGACUGUGUCGUGGCAUCAUGGGGUAUCGAGGGACCCCGCUCUCAGUCUUUUGUGGGCAGUAUCAAAUUCUUCAACACGUUCGCUGUUCACGCAGAGAGGGGGGGGAGAAGUGGUCUAGGGGAAGCGUUCAUUCAAAACAUCGUUGCACCUAACGGGACAACCCUUACUUCCACUAACAUCACCUCUUCCACUAGCAUGACCAUCUCAUAUCUCUGAGGCUAAUUAUUCUGUUUGACUGAUGGACUCUAUUGUUGGCUUGUCUGACACUGAUGUUCCACGAACGGAGCUUGUUAAAACUUCGUUCCCCUCAGUUCCCAUUCACGAGUCUGAGGAUUAGUAUCCUUCUUGUUUGUUAUGUUACUCGACAAGUCGUUACACUCAUCAUGUUUCCAUUCUAAAUAAAGUACGCAUCUGUACAAGUGAACGAGUUACAAUCCCAGUUUUUC